AUCUCAAAAUAGUUUCUGAGGCGCUGCCUGCUCGAAAACAUCCGAUUAUCAAGAUUACCAGAGCUAUGCAAGACCUUUGCGUCUCUUACCAGCAGAAGAAGUGAAAGUUUCUAGUGCGAACCCAUCAUUCACUGUGACCGAGUCUCGAUCUCUUUAUAAGGUGAAGCUGCAGACAAGUAAUGUGUUCGGGUCAGGGAUCAGCGACAUGAAUGCUAGAGUUCUUAUCUGCUUGAUAGACGACAAGGGUGAUUCGGUGUUACAGACAAUACCUGCAACUUUGUCAAGGAAUGAUGAAAUCUUCAAGUUUCAGAGAGGCUCCGUUGAUGAGUUCACGUUUCUAGGGCUGAAACUGAGUAAAAUCAGAGCUGUUUGGAUCAGUCUUGAGUCUGGACAAUGGAGAGUUGGAGGAGCGAGCUCGUGGGUUGUUAAAAGACCUGUUCUUGGAGAGACCAAUGUAGAAGAAGUCUACUGUUACCGAUAUGAUUUUGAAGUGGAUGAUAUCUUGCUCGGAGAGAGCAGUGACCUGUCAAUGGUGGAACUCAGACCUUCACGUAUCACUGAACUCACUGACUCCCAUCAAAUCUCUUCAUCUUCAGCUCCUUGUAAUAUUGGCAGUACAGUGGUCUCCAACAAGGAAAGCAUGGAAGAAUACGCAAACUUGAAACUCCCUCUGCUUCUCUAUGAUGCACUUCUCAUCCUUCUCGGAAGCUCUGUCUUCUCCUUCUCUCUAGCUGAAAAUUCUGCCGUUGCUUUCUUCUUUGGUGGAACAUUUGGAUUUCUCUACUUGCUGCUCCUACAGAGAUCCGUAGAUGAACUGCAAGGUUCCGGUUUUGAGUCUCGCGUUGGCCAUAGGAUUAUCGGUUCUAGCUGUCAGAGGUUACAUUGGAGAACACGUUUUUGGUAGGUACAACAAGAAGUUGUAUCAAGAACGUGUUUGUUGAUUAAUUCAACAACACAUUUCUUUUGUGUUUUUUGGUAGGUGCAACAAGAAGUUUCACCAACUCCCCAUAAUCUCCUAUAAAUAACCACACAAGGAGAAGAAGAACAGUAUCCCAAAACAAGAAAAACAGAGAGAGAGAACGAGAGAGAACAGAAGAAGAAAAAAAAAAUUUCUCACAAAAAAUCUUCUUUAAAAAAUUACGAGUAAUUUCUGAGUGUAAAAUUUCCUUGAUUGAUAAUAAAAGAUCUGUAGCAGGUCCGGAGACGUAGGCAACAUUGGCCGAACUCCGUUAACAAUUGUG